AUGUCGUUCUUUGGGUUCGACACGAGUCUGCCGCCCGAAAAUAAGGCGGCUGCUCUCGCAACUGACGAAGAACGAGCUCUGAAUGAUAAGAUUCAGCGUGCUUUAGAAGCAAGCGCGCAAGAAGAUGUGGAAGUGUACACGUGGGGUCAGGAUGGAUACGAUGGAUUGGGUGACCAGCUUGUCGAGACCAACGACGACUUUAACGAGGACACUUUCGGUGCGUUUGCAGAGGAUGUUGGCAAGGACUUUGAUUUCGGUCAUAGUGCGCCCGCCGCCGCCCCUGCCAAGAGUGACCGCAAUGCGUCUGCGUUUGCUGCAUCGUUGGACGAUUUCUGGGAUACUCCCGCGUUGACGCGGGCACCUGCCAAGUCAACUCCCAGUGGUGCUGCGCCUACCUCAUUGAAGGAUGUGGAAGCAGAACUCGCUGCCCAGCGUACUGGAAGUGCGCCGAAAGCUCCAGAGGCCUCGCGACCUCUUACUCUCGGUGAAGUUGAAGCGCAGUUGCUGGCACAGCGUCGCAUGGCAACAGCUAGCCCUGCUGUGCCUCGACCGCCGAUGAUGCCAGGUAUGGGCAUGCCUUCGCCGUCAGUGCCUCCGACGGGGGGUAUGCCUCAGCGACCGCCUGGUCUUGCUUCGAUGCCUACGCCUGGCCCGCCCCCCGGCAUGCCAGCUGGUGCUCGUCCACCUAUGCCUAUGCCGAGUGGUAUACCACCAGCUGCGGCUCCUCGACCGGCGUCAGGCCCCAUGGCGCGGCCUGCCGCGCCGCCUGCGGCUCCUACCGUAGCGCCUAUCCCUUCACCGGCCUCGGUUCCUACGCCGAGUGGCCCUGCAGCACCACCAACACCACAGGCCGAGCACCUGGCGCGUAUGCGUGCCAUGCUGGAAGCGUGCCCGUCGUCUGUGCAGCAAACAAUAUUGUCGCUGCCUCCUCCUAUUCAAUUUGACUCACUGGAGGAUGUGGUGCGUCAGUUCCCGUCGCUUGUGCGUGGCGAGACAAACGAUGUCGACGCUGCUGUGCAAAUGCUUACGUCGCAAGCCGCUGCUCGUUUGCAGGCGUGGCAAAAGGCAGAGGACAAGCGUCGUGCCAAGGCAGCAAAGCUCGCGCACAUUGCCCGCUACAAUGGUGUGAUGUCAGGGUCCGAUAAAGACUUUAUCACGCGCAUUCAAAUUAGUCAUUUGGUGACGCCCGAUCCGUAUACGGAUGACUUUUAUGCGCAUGUUUUCUUUGCUGUGCGUGGCGGGGCACGAAAAGUGCCCGUGCCGGAUGGCUCAGUGGAGGCAAUUGAGCAGCACAAAAAGGCCGAGGCGGGUGGCUCCUCGGGCGGCAAAGGAUCGCGUCGUAAGCUGACGCGCCAUGAAAAUGCGAUGCUACGUAUGCAGCAGCAAGUGGAGCGCUUGGUCGACAACCGUAAGAAGCGUGAGGCGAAAGGCGCUGAUGCCUCGUUGGAAGGCGCCUUGGGUCGUGUUAGUCUUGGCUCUGCGACCAAGCCGCGUCAGAUGCUGCAGCUGAUUAACAAGCCCGAGGAGGCCACUGCGGCUGUCCCCGAUGCGACGAAUCACGAGGAUGCGAUGCGACUGGCUCUGCAAGGUGCGUCGCUGGGCGACGUGGCACGCGAGCCACAGAAUGCGACGCAAAAAGCGCUUACGCGACGUGAAUCAAUGGUCAUUCUCGAGCACCUCUACUCCAUGGUGCUGCGUCUCGAGCAGCUGCGUCGCGAGCCGAGUGACGAUGACUCGGAAGCCCAGGUGCUGACGGAGAAGUUGUGGAAGGAAUUGCGUGUGCUUGAGCCAUUGGGCGUCUCGGAUCCUCAUCCUUUUGUCUCGCUGCUGAACCAUGUGAAGGGCAAGCGUAUGCUGCCGCGUGUUCUGCGUCUGCUGGACACAGAGCAGGCGCUGACGAUGCUUACUAUGCUCAUUGCGUCGUUCCAGUCGUUGGAUGCCGUGCGUGAUUAUGCCGCGUGGGAGCAGUUCCAGGUCACAGAGACACUGCGCCAUGUUCGCACGACGCUCAUGCCGUCCCAGGCAGCUGAGGUGGGCCGCAAUAUUGAUGCGUUCUCGAACUCUGUCUUGUUCAUUAUGAUGUCGCUCGUGAGCAGUAUGUCGUUGCGCAUUGUUUGUGGUAUGCUUGCGCUGCUUAUGGAGCGCAAUGACGUGUUGGUGUGUGCCAAGACUCGCCCAGGUGUCUCGCUGCUCACCGCGCUGCUCUCACGCGCAGAGUCGCUGAAGCAGGCAGCGAGCCAGCCAGGCACCACGGAUGCACCUACGCCUGACGAACUGUCGCAGUGGAGCAGUGUAUUUGGGGUGUUGUUCAACCGUUUGUCCGCCGACCACCAACUGGCGCAGCUCUUCUUCUCGUCACGGGUGCAGACGUACUUGCCGUUUGGCGUCGAUAUGUACAUGGCCGGCCGCCGUACUGGCAGCUCGGCCCCCGAUGCCAACGUAGAAGACGAGCCUGUGUGGAACUUGAUGGCCCUCUUUGCGAUUCACGCCGACUUGGCGCAGCAACAGGUCCUUGUGCAGGAGCUGCGUGAGAAGAUCUUGUCGAAUGUCAUGGCAGCGAAGGAGGCCAAGAGCACUGGCUCGACGGCGCCUGGCGACGAAGACGUGCGGAUUCGCAACGUUAAUCUACUGCUCCAUGCGCUCAAUCUCGAUGCCGCUCAAAUUACAUUGUAA